AUGGUCAAUCCCCAGAUUAAACUAAUGCUCACCAUCGAGAAACAAUCAUCUCGCACCAUGGCGAAGGCAUUCACAUUUAUCGUCAUCUUCUGUGUCAUCCUCGGUCAUGGAGAUCGGAUGGGGAUGGCUUACUGCACAAGCUGGUGCUCCCAGGAUCGUGAAGAAAAGAGCAACCAGAUUUGGAAGUCCAUCGGGAUUAGGAUCUGUGGUGUUGGCUGGGACCUCUGCCACGGGUCCUGCAAGGACAGCAGCGGAGAGGAGAGGCGCACUGAGAAUCGUAGAAAGCUUCAUUGUGGGAUGGUAACGCUUUAA